AUGACCAGCAGCCCCACGCAACCCGCUGCAAACAGCUCCCCGCAGCCUGCGGAAGACCCCUAUCAACAGCUACACUCAUACCCAUUCUCCACAGACACGGAAUUCAAGCUCGGCCUCGCCAUGAUUCUCCGCCAGCCCGGCACCCCAGCGACAGAAGAGCAGAUCAACCGGACGGACGACCUGGUCCUCAGAGCUAAAUGUUUCUACUACUCAAGAAAACAAUCCAUCCAGCCGCCGCUCGACUUUCUCGCAUACAAGACCUGGCUUCAGUCGCACGCCGAGUCCCUUUCUGAAGACCCAGCAGCCUCUGCUGAGCCCUCGUCCACCGAAACAUCCACUGGCCCCGCUGUUUCGGAGCCGCCCUCCACAACAGUCACAUCCCAAGAGGCUCCGGCGGCCACAUCUUCUUCACCGUCAACACAAGAACAACCUGCCUACCCGUCCUCCUUUGCCCAUAUUGUUGAACUAAUCACAACCGGCCAGCCGAUUCCGGGCAUUCAACAAAUUCCAGACACGCUAUUGACCGGCCAAGAGGGCCCCAGCACAGCGACGAGGCGACUGAAGCCCUGGGAGCUUCAAGAAGAGAAGAAUUCACAGACUGGAAAUGGCGAGUCUGACUCGAAGGAAAAGCCCGUGGAGGUAAAUUCUCAGGGGGCGGUGUGA